UGGCAGUUUGGCAGCCUCCGGCAACGACGUAACGAUUUCAUUAUCUGUCAUACUUGUAAUAGUUGUUGCGCACGACGGCAGCCAUGGUCUGCGCUGAUCGCUGAAAUAUGACUGCAAGGGAAGAUGCUAGGUCUUUGGGUGCGGGCAGAGCAAACCCCGAGGAGCAAGAACUGCCACCAGUGGCGGCGGUCUUCUUGAUACAUUUCGAUAUCAAGGCCGGCUAUACUGUUGGCUGGAAAAGAUGUUUACCCGAAGUGGAUCUCGAAGGUUUCGUCGAGUUCAAGUCGCUACCUUCUGGACUGCAUAAAGUCCACGAGGAUCUGGUAUAUUUCGUACACGAUCAAUAUGCAGGAAUCAGUGCGUAUGUCAAUGAGCCAGCGGCAGCAUCUGAGCGUAAUGCGCGGAUGCUAGCUGUUGGUGUUUUGGUGCCGCUGAGCUCAGGGAGAUUGGGAAGAAGUUGGCAUCAUGCUAAAGCCAUUAAGGGUCUUGCGAGACGGCUGGUUGGCAAUAUUCAGGAUACUCAACCUCUGGAGGAAUUUUGGGAGGCGCAUCGAUUGUCCCAAGAGGAACUUUCAUCGAGCGGCAGCUCUGCGAGUGGUUCGCCUUCCGACAUGCAUUUCAAACCCGCUCGGCGACUUAGCAAUGAUGGCGAGGGCCGAAAUGCCUCGGUCUCAAGCGUGACUGUCUCUAUUCCGCCUGUCCCGAUUCUCUCCGACUUCCACCCUGCACUCUCUCUGUCUAAAUACCUAGAUGUGUUUGGCCCAUUGGUGUUCCCCCUCUAUCGCGCAGCUCUUCUCAGAAAACGGAUACUCUUGGUGGGACAGGCUCCCGUAGAGCUUGCUUGUAAUUUUGUUUAUGAUAUUUCUAUACUCUCAAACGUUCCUCUUACUGCGGCGAAUUUACUCCCUUCCGAUGCGGCUCCUUCCAGGCUUCGACCCCUUUUUACCAUUGGAGUGCACGACAUACCUUACCUCGAGCGUUGUGCGCAAACCAGUGACGCAACGUCGCGGUCGCAGGCUUCUGCUGAGGAUGGCUUGAGCGAUGAACAGGGGCAAGGCUGGAUUGCAUGCACAACUGACGAUGUGUUGGCAAUGAAAAGAAAUCUUUACGACAUUAUCGUCUGGCUCCCUCGGUCGCACCCAGAAGAUGCUAAGGAGAGAGUUUGGCCAAAGCUGGAAACUUCGCAAGGGAAGGAAAUCAAAGCAACGCAAAGAGAUCUUCGGCGGUACCGAGCAUUACGAACCGGCUUGAGGCGAUUUCAAGUGAAUCCAUUGCCGCGCUAUCAUGACGACGAAAUCGAAGACGACGAUGAGGAAACAGCGCUUCUUGCCAGUGAUGACGACGAAGAUUCUGAGACAAAUGAUGUUGCAGCUGCUGAAGAGCAAGCUGCGGAGCCGCUUUCUUGGUCGGCGCUAGCAUAUUCUGGUUUCAUGUGGUGGGCAUCUGCCGGUGAGAGGCGCAGUGACUUGGAUGCCGAGGAGACGCAUGAUGCUGCAUUGUUGGAUGACCUUGAUGAGCUCAAAAUGUCUCCAUCAGGGCUACGAAGGCGGCAAUCAAGCGGUAGCCAAGCAAGUCACAGAAUAUCUCAGCGGCCCGUUGAGACAGUUUUGGUGGCCUAUUUUCACAGACUGACGACACUCAUCAUCGCAACGUUGGCCGAUAUUGUGGAUACUGAAGCCAGUCACGAUGAGGAGGCGGAUAUGAACAAACCGGUAUUUAUAAGUAGCGAUGACAUGAUGCGUAUGGGACUAGACAUUUGGAGCGACGGGGAUAAGAAAUUUGUCGGGGAUAUCCUGAAGAUAUAUUUUGAUCACAAUGCGACCGUUCAAGGUGCUUCGAUCGAGUGCUGCGGUAUAAGGAUCUGCUGAGAAUAUCAAGGCAAAAAGUCUUAUAAUUAUCCUUUAUCAAUGAUAUCAAUUACAUGAAUACUUUCCACUAGGUAGUCAGAUAAUAAUUCUAAGAGUGCUG